AUGUCUGCUGAGAAAACAAGCUUCUACAUACCAUUGUCCAUCAUCUUUGUUCUACUUGUGAGUCCAAAUAUCCAGCAUUCUUUGGGAGGCGACACUCUUUCAUGGUGUCAAUCUCUAACGGGAGACCAGACUUUGGUGUCCAAGGAAGGUCAUUUUGAACUGGGAUUCUUCUCACCAGGUAAUUCUAAAAAAUAUUACAUUGGCAUCUGGUACAAAAAGGUUUCACCACAAACAGUCAUCUGGGUAGCAAAUAGAGAGGUUCCGAUCUCUAACACUUCGUCUGCGGAGCUGAAGAUGACCGAAAAUGGCAACCUCGCUCUCAGCAGCAGCAGACUUGUGUGGUCAACCAAGUCAACAUCUUAUCCAGCAAAUUCUACUGUUGCCGUGAUUCUUGACACUGGCAACCUUGUUCUGAGAAACAAAUCAAACUCGUCUGCCAUAAUUUGGCAAAGUUUUGAUCAUCCAACUGACACUUGGGUACCUGGAGGAGGGGUUGGCAUGAACAAGAUCACUGGUGAGUACCAGAGCCUGAUAUCUUGGAAGAACUUUGAGGAUCCAUCUCCCGGACCAUUCAUUUACACUAUAGACCCCAGUGGUCUAAACCAGUUUCUAUUACAGUGGAAUGGGAUUGAGACAUACUGGAGCAGCGGCGUGUGGAACGGUCACGCCUACAGUGGAAUACCAGGCAUGGAUCAAAGUCCUUAUUUUGUGAGUAAUUUCACUGAUAACAAUGAGAGGAAGCAAUGCACACUGACUUUCAAUAUGAAAGAUGCAUACACACGAGGUAUGCUGGAUUCGUCUGGGCAAGCCAAACAGUGGCUGUGGACAAAUGACAGCCAAAAGUGGGCAGUGGUAGGGUCUCAACCAGCAGAUCCAUGCGACAUUUACUCCGUUUGUGGCACUUUUUGGCCUCUGCGACAGCAACAGCAAAAACAUUUUGCUCUUGCCCCCAAGGUUUUUGAGCCAGUGUCUUUUUACAGAAUGGAACCUGAAUGA